CAUAUUUUCAUGUUUUGUAGUCAAUAAAAAUGGCAUCUCAAUCUCAACCAUCUAAUUCGGAUCCUUUCAAGAUCCAAACCAUGACCUUAAACUCCAAUGGAUCUCUAAUCCGACCCACCUUUCCAACCACACCGGCCACCCCUGAACUCAUCGGCGACUCGCAACUCACCCUCUCUAAAGACAUCCCAUUAAACCCCACAACCUCCACCUUCAUCCGCCUCUAUCGACCCGUCUCACCGUACACAGGAAAACUCCCCAUCAUCAUCUACUUUCACGGUGGCGGUUUCAUCUACGCCAGCGCUACCAGCACUUCCAUACACCUUACUUGCUCCAACAUAUCUGCUAACUCUCCGGCGUUUGUUGUAUCCGUCGAAUACCGCCUUGCCCCUGAACACCGUCUCCCUGCGGCGUAUGACGACGGUAUGGAUGCAAUCCGGUGGGUGUGUGACCAGGCGAAGAAGUCAAAAGUCAACGGUUGCGAUGACUGGUUGACUGAUGUUGUUGACUUUUCUAAAGUGUACUUAAUGGGAACUAGUGCUGGAGGAAACCUAGUGUACAACGCGGUUCUACGUGCACUUGAUCUUGAUCUUGAACCUGUUAUGAUCGAAGGGCUUAUAUUUGACCAACCUUUUCUUGGUGGGGUCGAGCGUACCAAAGGGGAAAUCGGUGUGGUAGAUGAGCGAAGUUUGAGUUUGGCGGCAACUGAUCUCAUGUGGUCUAUGGCUUUGCCGUUAGGGUGUAACAGAGACCACGAGUAUUGUAAUCUGGUCGGCGGGCAACCUGAUGAAAAGAUUGAACGACUUCCAGCGUGCUUGAUCAGAGUGAACGGUGGGGAUUUAAUGGUUGAUAGACAAAAGGAUUUUGCUAAGUUGUUGGAGGCACGCGGUGUGCAGGUGACGAGAAAGUUUUAUGAGGGAGGGUACCAUGGUGUCGAGGUCUUCGAUCCAGAAAAAGCGCGAAUCUUGUACGAUGAUGUUAAGAAUUUUGUUUUGAAGUGAAUCGGAAAAGAUUUUCCAAUAAAUGACAAGUUUUAAUAUAUUUAUUCCAAUAAAAAAUGUAAUUUUCUGCUAAGAGUUAUAAAAAUUAGGGUUGAUUGUGUUUGAUACAUGUUUUAUGGUUUUGUUUUCUUAUUGAAAUGUAAGUUCCAAGUUCCAUUUA